AUGUCUCGUGUUAGCGGUAGAAUAGCUGUGUAGUGUGUUAGCUGCUGAUCUUAUUGGACCGUUUUAGGAGACAGAGCUCGAGGUAAAGACACACACACACUCAGGACAAGAGAGGAAUGGAGGAGGACAACCAGAACCAGGAGCAGCGGAGCACCAAGUUCCCCAGGAGACCAGCAUCAGACUGGGACUCUGAUACCAACAAGGUCCCCAGAAGACAAGCAGCAGACUGGGACUCUGAUACCAACAAGGUCCCCAGAAGACAAGCAGCAGACUGGGACUCUGAUAGCAGCGAUGUUCAGAAACGGAGAGGAAGAAAGGGACCCAAACGUCACCACUGUCAACACUGUGACAAAUCCUUCACAUCAUCUGGAUAUUUAAAGAUUCAUCAGAGAGUUCAUACUGGAGACAAACCUUACAGCUGUGAUCUAUGUGGGGCAGCAUUCAUACAACAGAGUACCUUAAAAAGACAUCAUCGCAUUCACACUGGAGAUAAACCUUACAGCUGUGAUCAAUGUGGGGCAGCUUUCGCACGACAGAAUACCCUAAACAGACAUCAACACAUUCACACUGGAUAUAAACCUUACAGCUGUGAUCAAUGUGGGGCAGCUUUCGCACGACGGGGUAACCUAAAAAGCCAUCAACGCAUUCACACUGGAGAUAAACCUUACAGCUGUGAUCAAUGUGGUAAAACCUUUUCUUGUAGUAGUGACCUAGUAAUCCACCGACGUGUUCACACUGGAGAGAAGCCGUACUGGUGUGAGCAAUGUGGUAAAAUGUUUUCUAAGAGUAGUAGCCUUAAAUCUCACCAGCGCAUUCACACUGGAGAGAAGCCGUACUGGUGUGAACAAUGUGGAAAAAUGUUUUCUCAGAGUAGUAGCCUUAAAACUCACCAGCGCCUUCACACUGCCUCAUAGUGAACAUGUUUCAGAGCCAACAUGUUCCCUCCUGCCUCCUCCUCAUGCCCUGAUAGCUGAGUUUUUGUAUUCUGAUCUUCUCUCCACAAUGAAGGCUGACCAGCAGUAACUUUAUCUUCUGAACACCAUGGAUGUUAUCCUGUUAUCACUACAUAUUACGCUCCCUCCCUUUUGAAGGGAUUAAUUCCACUCAAAAUUAGUUUAUAUUCCUGUAAUAAAAUAUUUUGAGUUCAGGGUUCAACUGCUAGCGCUAUUUAACUAAUGCUGCAACAAAGGAGUAUUCUUAAUUUAAAAAAUCUUGGGACGAACAACUGAUCUUAAAGCAACUUUUUGUUUGAACUGUGUGACUUUUUGUACCUUUUUUUUUUUUUUUUUU